AUGCGCAAUCGCUUGCGCAGUGGAGCGCUCAGAGACUCCCAGAGAGGUCCCAGAGAGGACUUGGAGGCGCGGGUUGCAGCCGAGGUGGGAGCUUGCGAGGCGAUGCAGGCGCAGACUGCCUGGACUAAACUCCAGUCUCCACUCUGGCCUUCUCGUGAGCUCCUGGAGGUUCUGAAGAGACGGGACGUGCAGCCGAUGCACCGACCAGGGCCUGAGAGGGCUGCUGACGGAGAAGAGGCUGACGCACGCGGCUACUUGCCGGGAUGGGCUGCCCAGUGCCCUCCGCCUGUCCGAGAGCGAGAGCGCCUGCCAAAAGCUUCAGACAAGCAGGGCCAGGGCGAUGACGUCGAUGCCCACGUGCACAGAAGCGGCGAUGCCCAUCGCCAAGGUCCUUCAAGUAUGGACUUGGACGAAACUUCAAGCACGCACAGCAAGAAGGGAUCACCAUCCAGCAGCGUGCAGGCAAGUGCGAAGUCAGAUGGCAGGCACAGGCAGUCACAGAUGACUCACAUUCCCACAGAGGAAGAUGCACUGCACAUUCCUGGAGUCCCUGAGCAUGACACUUGCCCAUCGGUGUGGCCUGCCUUCCUCGCAGCCAAUCGUGAGAAGAGAGAGAAGGCAGAGAAGGCGGAGAGGGCGGGGAAGGGCGGAAGCGGAAGCGGUGGAAGCGGUGGAAGCUUGGGAAGCGGAAGUUUGGGAAGUGGAAGCCUAAGCUCUGGCUCCAAGAAAGAGGGAAGGCACAGGCAGGAGCGAGGGGCUCCAGGAGCUCGGGCCGCUCCGGGUGCCAAGGAGAAGGAGAAGGAGCCUCAGAAGAAAAGGAGCCCGGCGAGGCCACCUCUGGGGCAGCCCGGCGGGCCCGGCAGCGAAGGAAGCGAAGGACGAAGACGACGUCCGUCGCAGGAGGAAGAUCUGGACGAGGCAGCUUUUGAGGCAGCUGCUGCCGCUGCCAGGCAGGCGGCAGAAGAGGCCGCACAAGCUGCGAAGGCAGCACAACUGCAAGAGCAAGUGGCAGCUCAGCGUGAGGCCCAGCUAAAGGAUCUUGAAAGUCAAUUGGUCGCAGCAAAGAGACGCAACGAAGAGCUGGAAGCAGCAGCGGCACUCGCAGCACGCAGGGAGGAAGAGCUUGCGGCGCAGGCUGCAGAGAUGCAAGAUCUCGCAUCCAAACUGAGCAGCACGAAGCAGCGAAACCAGGAGCUCGAAGCUGCGGCAGCUGCGGCUGCUAAAGCAGCCAGCAAGGCUGCGAAGGAACAGGCCGCCAGAGCGGCUGUGGAGGAGCGCGCGAGAGAAGUGGCGGAGGCGGCGGCCACGGCGGCUUGGGCAUCAGCGAAGGAGUCUCAUAUCGCCGAAAUGCGAGCCCGGCCCGUGCCUGCUCAGGAAGCGGAGUCCGAAGCUGUUUCCUGGGCGCCACCUGCCACAGGGCUGCCGCAGGCCUUGCUCGGCUCUAAGUGGCCUUGA